UUUAAGAAGAAGCAUCGAGUUUUACUUUUUGUUUUGUUUUCGUCUUUCUAAACAUUAAGUUCCUUGUUCCUUGGUGGCUGGUCGGUCUAAAUGGAUGUUGUUGAACCUCUUCCUCCUGUUGGAGAUAAUCCACCAAAUACCCCUAAUCAAUGCAGUGCAACAGAAGAUGAUACAUCCAACCCCAAUUCUCGUGAUCCAACAGCCAACGAUUUCUCAAUAUUAGCCUGUCGAAUUUGUUUGCAAAUUCAGGAAGAAAAUGCGGCAAGUCCUUGUCCAAUGUUUCCAAUCUUUCAGCAACCAGAUGAUAAGGCUGAUGGUGAGCUGUCCAUCUGUGAUAGAAUUCAAAAUUGUACCGGAAUAAAGAUCCAAAAACAUCAUAAGUUACCAUCCUUAAUAUGCAAAAAUUGCCUUACCUUUUUAAAUAUUGCCAAUAAGUUUGCAUCAAUUUGUCGAAAUUCUCAAAAAUAUCUUGAAGAAUAUGUGCUGGAAAUAAUGACGGAUGAUGUGGAGGUGGACUCUAGUGGAUUUGAAGAAUGUAAUCACAUAUCCGAAGAGCAACAAGAGCCUACAAGCCAGUCUAAAGAAAAUUCCAUUUCUGUGGAAGAAAUGCAGAAAUCAAUUUCUGGCCAAAUUCUGACGAAGUGUCAUAAAGAAUACGAACAGCUGGGUGCAAAUUCCAAGACCUCCGCAUUGGAAGCUUAUUCAAAGAAUACAAUACCACACGAAUCUCAAAAUUCAGUCCCUGAGAACAUGGAAAUCGAUACUGCCAGAAAUGUGCCUGCUAAAAUUCUUGCCAUAUCUUCGGAUGGCACUGCUGUUAUAGAGCAGAAAAUGAAGAGUCAUAAUGGACAAAACUUGAAGAAGUCUCAUGUCUGUGAAAUAUGUGGAAAUGCUUACGGUCGUCGCUAUGAAUUGCAAGCUCACAUUCGUCGACAUCACGAUGUAAAAGCAUUUGAAUGCGAGAUAUGUGGACAAGCUUUCCAUAGUAAUUUUGAAUUGUCACGACAUAUACGUAAGCAUACCGGCCUGCGACCAUAUGAAUGCAAAUAUUGUAAGCGUACUUUUGGCGACAAUUCAACGCUAACGAAACAUGAAAGAAUCCAUCGCAAUGAGCGUCCGUAUACAUGUAAGACAUGUGGUAAAAACUUUACUUACUCCAGCGUCCUUAAAGUUCAUCAGCUAACGCAUACCGGAGAAAAACCUUACAACUGUGAACUGUGUGGUAGACGUUUCUCUCGCUCCCAUCAUUUAAGAGCCCAUUUGGAAACGUUAUUUCAUUCGAAUGAUCCAAAAUCAAAAAUAUUGAUACAACGUAUAAAACGGAUCGAAGGUGACGCCCAUAUUGAUGGAUCCCUGGCUUCCAUAAAUGAAUCAGUUUAAAAGAAAAUAUUUUCGUCUGGCUGUGAUAAUUAUUAUUAAAUAAAAUUGUUUUUAGAUUUUAUUUA